CUUCUCUUUGAGACAGAACAUGAGCUACAUUUUCCGGACAUCGACGCCAAACUCCAUCUCCGCCAUCGCCGGAGUGCGAUCCGUUGUCUGUCUGUGGAUUGUCUUGUUUCACAUCUUGUAUUACGGACUGCACUACAGCGAGUCAGCAUCGCUCUUCCUGGCCAACUCCCAGGGAUUGCUGUACCAAGUGAUUUGGUCAGCUGUGAUUUAUGUGGAUGUGUUCUUCGCCCUGAGUGCUUUUCUGCUGGUGUACAAUUUCUUGGGCAACAUUGAGCUGCAGAAUGAGAUUCAGGGCAGCAACUUGGGGGCAAAUGUGGUGCUUUUUGGCAAGCAUGUGCUUCAUCGAUACGUCCGCCUGACUCCUGCACUCCUCGCCACGAUCCUGCAGACGGAGACUGUCAAUCAGUUCAUGCAGACAUACUCGAGCUUCCACAUUAGCGAAACCCGAGACUUCCAGUGCGAAAGCUCGUGGUGGUACAAUUUGCUCUACAUACAGAACUUCCUGGACAUGAAUAUGAUAUGUGGAGGUUGGACGUGGUAUUUGGCAUGUGAUUUCCAAUAUUUCAUCGUCUUCCUGUUGCUCCUCUUUAUCUUCGUGAAGUCGAAAGCCCUUGGGAAAUUGCUAUUCGCAAUUGUGGGAGCAAUUUUCAUUCCGCUCACCUUCUACACGCUCUUCACCAACGACUUCACAGUUCGCUUUGACGCCAUCUUCAGGACACUCAACAUCGUGUACGCCAAGUUCUGGUGUCGCAUGAAUCCCUACAUUGCGGGCGCCUUUGCUGGCUAUCUCAUGCGGAGGAUCGUGAAGGACGACAUUAAAAUCAAGAGGAUUUUCGCGGUUUUCGCGUGGGGCUGCAUGGGAAUGCUGCUGCUCGGCUCGCUCGGCGUCUCCUACUGGCGGGAUUUGCCCAGCUGGGCGUAUGCAAUCAUCCUGGCGGGCGGACGAGUGGCCAUUGGCAUUGGCACCGGUGUGGCCAUCGUCCUUUGUCACCUCGGCCAUGGCGGUUGGAUUAACACCAUUUUCAGCCACGGCGCUUUCCAGCACACCCAGAAAUUGACCUACACCGCGUAUCUGCUGAAUCCGCUCGUGAUAUUCUUCCUCGCCGGCGUGAAGGAGAAAGGAGUUCAAGUGGAUAUCGCUGAGCAGGCAAUAUUCUUCUUGGCUGUAACUAUAAUCACAUAUAUCUUGGCAGUGAUAAAUACUCUGCUAUUCGAGAGACCUUUUCAACGCCUUUCAGACGCUUUCAUCAUGAAGAGAAGAUAAUAAAUUGUCAAAA